ACCAUCUCUCUGCAUCGCAGUCACACAAGGCCUGCAGACCCCCAUUUCCCUUUUUCUUUCUCUUCAUCUUCUUCCUCUCACUAAACUCUCUCUCUCUCUCCCUUUCUCUCUCUCUCUCUCCCUGUUUCUCUCUCUUAAAUUGACUCUUCCGACUUCUCUCAGAUCAGGCUAGCUAUAUUGGCUUUUUGGAUUGUGCUAAUAAAAGGAUUAAAAGCAAAUCUAGCUGAAACCCCAACAAAAAGGAUGAAUUGGUCAAAUCCCAAGCCUGCUUGAUCCAUCUAAUUAAAUAACAAGGCCAUAAUAAUUGAUUCACUGAAAAACCUGCGCUUCAUUUGUGACCGAUACAAAUAUGUCUGAGUUGCUGAAAAAUGAUUCUAUCCAAAUUAGAGAGGUUUGGAAUGAUAAUCUUGAAAAAGAGUUUGCUCUUAUCCGUGAAAUCGUUGAUGAGUAUCCUUUUAUCGCCAUGGACACUGAGUUUCCCGGGGUAGUUCUUCGGCCUGUUGGCAACUUCAAGAACAUUAACGAGUAUAACUAUCAGACGUUGAAGGAUAAUGUUGAUAUGUUGAAGUUGAUUCAAUUAGGUCUCACAUUUUCAGAUGAAGAUGGUAACUUGCCUACAUGUGGAACAGAUCACUAUUGCAUUUGGCAGUUCAACUUUCGUGAAUUUGACAUGAGCGAGGAUAUCUUUGCAAAUGAUUCCAUCGACCUGUUGAGGCAAUCUGGCAUUGAUUUCAAGAAGAACAAUGAAAUGGGGAUCGAUGCAACCCGCUUUGGUGAGCUACUGAUGUCGUCUGGUAUUGUAUUGAACGAUGGUGUGCAAUGGGUGACAUUUCACAGUGGAUACGACUUUGGGUACCUCCUCAAGCUAUUAACCUGCAAGAAUUUACCAGAUACCCAGAGUGGGUUCUUCGAUUUGCUGAAUAUGUACUUCCCAAUAGUGUACGACAUUAAGCACUUGAUGAGGUUCUGCAAUAGCCUCCACGGUGGGUUAAACAAACUCGCAGAGCUGUUGGAGGUCGAGAGAAUCGGGAUCUGCCAUCAAGCUGGUUCAGAUAGCUUGCUCACCUCUUGCGCAUUCAAGAAGUUGAAGGAAAACUUCUUUAGUGGCGCAACCGAGAAAUAUGCAGGUGUUCUGUAUGGUCUCGGUGUUGAAAAUGGUUCUGACAAUAAAUAGACUUAAGGAGGAGGUAAUGUACUUGUGAAGAAAAAUAAGAAGAUUAGAAGAGUUUAUGUAUGUUGAGUUGUGUAGAAGAACAUGUAUCAUGUCUGUAAGAAAUUUAAUUGUGAUCAAAUAUCUGUAACGACAAUAUGGAUUUCACUAAGAGAGUCAGCUUCUAAUUUCAUUUCCAUUUCCAAUA